GUGGAGGUAAUUUUGCUGUCAAUUCUCACCCACGGAUCGACAGAACAACCGCGACAUGUUUUUGGUGGAAGCAGCGAAAACGAACAGCUUGAUAGCGACAACGUCUGCUCAGUGAAGAGAAGUUGCGAACGAUCGAACUGGGUAUUCAACCGCGACAUUUUGGGGGAAGCAAGCUUGAGAGCGACAACAUUUGCUCAGCGAAGAGAAGUUGCGAACGAUCAAACUGGGAAUUGAUUGCGGAGACAAUGCCUGUCAACCAACAAAGGUAACUGUCACUGAUCUUCCCAGUUGUCGAUACUAAAAUGGUGAAAAGUUCAUGCCAGAUCUAAUUUUGCGUUAGAACAAAUUCAAAUUAAGGAAUAUGCUCGUGUUUGUCCUUUGUUAAUUUGCCCUUUACACGUGGCAGCCGCACAGAGGUUUAGGGUUCUUAGGAAGCAAUGGAAGCGAUAUUGGUCUCAGCGGGAGUGCUGCUGCCCUUCCCAUUCUACGCGCUUCUCUGGAUGCGGCCCUCGCUAUGGACGCGCCUGUGCGGUGGAGCAGAUCCGUGCCAUGCGAUGGCGCUCGCGUCCACGGCAAUGAAGGCUGUGCAGUUCCUGGCGCUGGCAUCCGUCGCUGAUUUCUCUGUUUGGCCGCCGCUGUGGGUGUGGAUUCCCAUCGCUGUGGGUCAGGCAUUGAACAUCAGGGUUUAUCAGCUGCUUGGCGAGGAUGGAGUCUACUAUGGCGUGCGCUUCGGCAAGAGCAUUCCCUGGGUAGACAAGUUUCCAUUCGGAUACUUGCGGGAUCCGCAGUACUUUGGUUCCAUUUUGAGCUUGCUUGGCUGCGUUUACUGGAUCCCGUUUCGAUUCAUCGCUCUGUGGUGUGCUGGCUACUUGUUUAUGAUGUUCGUCGAGAGUGCCGAAGAUCCUUCCACUCGAGCCAGGAAGAACGAAUGAUCGAGCUUGAGAUCAAUUUUACAUUCUUUUUCUUUGAUCUGUC